AAAUGUUGAAGGAAGUAGAUUCACAUUCCGAGUAGGGUAGAUUGUAGAUUCAAGAUUCUGAUUUCAUUCAGUCACUUUUUGAUCACAGUGUAUGUUCAGUAGUUAAAGGUAUUAAAUCUUGACUAUAUUUACUGAAUUUACGUACGAAAAUAAUUAUUAAAUCAGUAUUUCAAGCAGUAGUAUUGCGACAUCUUGUUUUUGUGUGAACUGCAAAGCUUUUAGGAUAAAUUACUUAUAAUUAAUUAUGUUAGAAAAAGAUAAAACAUGGAUGACUGCUGGGACGACAAUCCCGAUCCUUAUGAGCAACCCGCAAAUCCAGCUUUCCAAUAUAACACAAAUACGCAAUAUAAUGCAAAUGGUUGGAAUCAGGACCGCCCUCAACAAAAUUUCAGAAGGGGUAAUUCCAGAGAGCAAAAUACUAAUUGGAGACAGAGGGAUGGAAGGGAAAGGAGGCCUGAUAGGGAUGGAAGAGACAGAAAACCUGAUAGGGAAGGAAGGGAAAGGAGAUCUGAUGAAAACUCUGAAAGUUUAACUGUUGAAUCGAAAUAUGUAGGAAGAAUAAUAGGUCGACAAGGGUCAAAAAUUGCAUCACUACAGGAAGAGUCUGGUGCUCGAAUAAACAUCGAUAAAAAUUCCUUUGGUGAGGAAACCGAGAUAAAAAUUUCUGGAGAUGCAGCUGCGAUUCAAAAGGCCAAAGAGUUAAUAAUGGAAUUAACAACGGAAAGAAAAUCAAAUUAUGAGCAGAAUAAUCAACCAAGAGAAGAACCUAAACAAGAAAUGGAUCUAGACACUUUUCUCAAACAAUGCGAAGAAGCAGAAAAGGCGGAAUGGGAAAAGUACCCUCCAACCGUAAAAGAAUUUUACAAAGAACACCCUCAAAUAACAAAAAUGUCGCAGAAGGAGGUUGACGAGUUUCGUCUCAAUAGCAACAAUACUAUGGUCAGUCGUGUGUUUCAAACUGAAACGAGUCUACCGGUGCCAAAACCGUGUACAUCGUUUUAUUUUGCGUUUCAUCAAUAUCCAGAUAUAUUGGAACUGAUAAAAGAAGCCGGAUUUACACAGCCUUCGCCAAUUCAGUGUCAAGCUUGGCCUGUACUUCUGAGUGGCGAAGAUCUUAUAGGAAUCGCUCAAACUGGAACAGGCAAAACGUUGGCAUUCCUGUUACCCGCACUAAUCCAUAUUGAGGGACAAAUUACGCCUCGCAAUGAAAGAACAGGACCAGCUGUGCUCGUCAUGGCUCCAACGAGAGAGUUGGCAUUGCAGAUUGACAAUGAAGUAAAAAAAUACAAGUAUAGAGGUAUCACUUCAGUUUGCGUUUAUGGUGGAGGUAAUAGACGAAGCCAAAUCGAUGUCGUCAAAAAGGGUAUUGAUAUCGUUAUCGCUACGCCUGGCAGGUUAAACGAUUUACAUGAUGCUGGACAUUUAAAUGUUAAGUACGUAACCUAUGUAGUACUUGACGAAGCAGAUAGGAUGUUGGACAUGGGCUUUGAACCGCAAAUUCGAAGAGUUAUGUAUGCAGUAAGGCCCAACAGACAAACUGUGAUGACCAGUGCGACAUGGCCUAACGGUGUCAAGCGUUUGGCAUUGUCAUACAUGAAAGAUCCCAUUCAGGUCUCCAUCGGGGCACUAGAUUUGACAGCUAGUCAUACGGUACAUCAAACAAUCGUGAUUCUCCAGGAAGAAGAAAAAAGGGAUUAUUUCUAUAAUUUUGUUCGUAAUAUGGGAGAAGACGACAAAAUUAUUGUAUUCUGUGGAAAGAAAGCAGCAGUAACUGACAUUACCAGUGAUUUACAAGUAUUUGGUGUUAAUUGUGAUUGUUUAUACGGAGACAAGCCGCAAGAAGAUCGAGAACAGGCAUAUUUAGACAUCAAGUCUGGUGUCAAUAGGUUACUGAUAGCUACAGAUCUAGCAUCUAGAGGUUUAGACAUAGAUGACGUCACGCACGUCGUGAACUACGAUAUCCCCAAAAAUAUUGAAGAAUAUGUUCACCGAAUUGGACGAACUGGUCGUGCUGGCAAAUAUGGCGAAUCUAUAAGUUAUUUUACCAGGAGGGAUUGGUCACAUGCUGCAGAAUUGAUUAAAAUUUUAGAAGAAGCACAACAGUUCGUGCCAGAAGAAUUGCGGGAAUUUGCGGAUGGAUACGCAGCAUGGAAGGAGAGGAAAGAUCGGGAAGGACCGGCGAGAGGUGGAGGGUUUAGAGGAGGAAGAGGAGGAGGAGGGCGACGUUGGUGAAUGCUGUGAACUCUGUGAUCAAGAGGGGAUCUAGAAUCUAUGAUCUUUUUUAUGUUACUUUGUUUAUAAUUUUUUGUAAAUGACUUUUUUAUAAACGUCUCACUGUCAUGCUUACGAAUAGAUUUGUUUUUUUUUUG